CAGAGAGAGAGAGAUAGACUUAACUGUCCAACAGCCAAACCAGCUGCCUAGAAGCAGAUUGAAACUCGUCAAGGUUCUACAGGUUACUGAAGGUGUCGGUCAGCUGUUAAAGGUCAGCUGUUAAAGGUCAUCCUCUUCCUGUCUGUGUCCGCUCCCAACCCAACGGUUCUGUGUUGGACCACACACUCUGGUUCAGGUUGUCUACGUUGUUUCUGCAGAGAGGAUUCAGGCAGACUACAGAUGUUGCUGUGUGUUUCCGGGGUGGGUCGAGGGGGUCUGGGGUUGCUAGCGGUAAAGAGGGCGUGUCUUCUCACUCGCACUGCCCACUCGUCGCCCCAGAACUUUGAGUAUCGACCAAUCAAAAAGGUCAUGGUGGCCAACAGAGGUGAGAUCGCUAUCCGUGUGUUCAGGGCGUGUACUGAGUUGGGGAUUCGAACCGUGGCUGUUUACUCUGAAGAAGAUCGAGGACAGAUGCACAGACAAAAAGCUGACGAAGCCUACCUGAUAGGGAAAAGUCUUCCUCCUGUUGCUGCCUACCUGCAUAUACCUGACAUCAUUAAAGUAGCUAAGGAGAAUGGUGUAGAUGCUAUCCACCCAGGUUAUGGGUUUCUAUCUGAGAGAUCAGACUUUGCCCAGGCCUGUGUUGAUGCAGGAGUUCGCUUCAUCGGGCCCUCCCCAGAAACUGUGCGCAAGAUGGGGGACAAAGUGGAAGCUCGCUCUCUGGCUAUCAGUGCUGGUGUGCCAGUGGUUCCUGGGACAGAUGCUCCUAUAUCUUCUGUGGGGGAGGCCCGGGUGUUUUCUGAGACCUAUGGGUUCCCUAUCAUCUUUAAAGCUGCCUAUGGAGGAGGAGGACGAGGCAUGAGGGUGGUUAAAGAGUACGAGGAACUGGAGGAGAACUACCACAGGGCCUACUCUGAGGCUCUGACAGCGUUUGGGAACGGAGCUCUGUUUGUGGAGAAGUUCAUCGAGAAACCACGACACAUAGAAGUUCAGAUCCUGGGUGAUAAGUAUGGCAACAUAAUACAUCUCUAUGAGAGAGACUGUUCCAUUCAGAGAAGACAUCAGAAGGUGGUGGAGAUUGCCCCCGCGGCCGACCUGGACCCUCAUCUAAGAGACCGACUGACUUCUGACUCUGUCAAACUGGCCAAACAGGUCGGCUAUGAGAAUGCGGGCACUGUGGAGUUCCUAGUAGAUAAACAUGGGAAACAUUACUUCAUAGAAGUCAACUCCAGACUGCAGGUGGAACACACUGUCACUGAGGAGGUUACAGAUGUGGACCUGGUUCAUGCCCAGCUGCGUGUGUGUGAGGGACGCAGUCUGCCUGAGCUGGGGUUAACACAGGAGACCAUCAGGGUGAAUGGUUGUGCCAUACAAUGUAGAGUCACCACUGAAGACCCGGCCAGAGGCUUCCAACCAGACACAGGACGACUGGAGGUGUUCCGUAGCGGUGAAGGGAUGGGUAUACGUCUAGACUCAGCCUCAGCCUUCCCUGGAGCUGUGAUCUCCCCCCACUAUGAUUCUCUGCUGGUCAAAGUCAUCGCCUCUGGGAAAGACAUGUCCACCGCCGCCGCCAAGAUGCACCGCGCUCUCUCAGAGUUCAGAGUCCGGGGGGUCAAGACCAACAUCCCCUUCCUCCAGAAUGUUCUGAGUAAUCACCAAUUUCUACACAGUACAGUGGACACUCAGUUUAUAGAUGAGAACCAGAACCUGUUUAUCAUGAAGCCAGUCCAGAACAGAGCACAGAAACUACUGCACUACCUGGGUCAUGUGAUGGUGAACGGACCAACCACACCCAUUCCUGUCAAGGCUAAGCCCUCCUCCAUCGACCCUGUCAUCCCUACUGUACCCAUGGGUGAGCCGUCGUUAGGGUUCCGUGACGUCCUGCUCCGUGAGGGUCCAGAGGGCUUUGCCAAGGCAGUGAGAGCCCACUCUGGUCUACUGCUCAUGGACACCACCUUCAGGGACGCCCACCAGUCCCUCCUGGCCACCAGGGUGCGAACUCACGACCUGAAGAAGAUAGCACCUUACGUAUCACAUAACUUCAACAACCUGUUCAGCCUGGAGAACUGGGGAGGAGCUACAUUUGACGUAGCCAUGCGUUUCCUGUACGAGUGUCCCUGGAAGAGACUCCAGGAGCUGAGGACCUUAGUCCCCAACGUUCCCUUUCAGAUGUUACUGAGAGGAGCUAACGCUGUGGGAUACACUAACUACCCUGAUAACGCAGUGUUCAAGUUCUGUGAGGUUGCGAAGGAGAACGGCAUGGAUAUAUUCCGUGUAUUUGACAGUCUCAACUACCUCCCUAACAUGAUACUGGGCAUGGAAGCCGCCGGCAGGGCAGGAGGGGUGGUGGAGGCUGCUAUCUCCUACACAGGAGACGUAUCAGACCCCAUGAGACAGAAGUACUCCCUGGCGUACUAUGUUAAGCUGACUGAGGAACUGAUGAAGGCUGGGACUCACGUACUCUGUAUCAAGGACAUGGCCGGUCUGUUGAAGCCGGAGUCCAGCCGUAUCCUGAUCAGUGCUCUGCGUGAUCGUUAUCCUGACGUUCCCAUCCACGUCCACACACACGACACAGCAGGGGCUGGAGUAGCCGCUAUGCUGGCCUGCGCUGAGGCCGGGGCCGACGUAGUGGAUGUCGCGGUGGACUCCAUGGCAGGGAUGACGUCACAGCCCAGCAUGGGAGCCAUGGUGGCCUGCACCAAAGGAACCAAACUCGACACUGGUAUUGCCUUAGAGAAGGUGUUUGAUUAUAGUGAGUACUGGGAGGUGACUAGAGGGCUGUAUGCUCCAUUUGACUGCACUGCUACCAUGAAGUCAGGCAACGCUGAUGUGUAUGAGAAUGAGAUUCCAGGCGGUCAGUACACCAACCUUCACUUCCAGGCCCACAGCAUGGGGCUGGGCAACAAGUUUAAACAAGUCAAGAAGUCCUACUCAGAGGCCAACAAACUACUGGGGGAUCUGAUCAAGGUGACUCCCAGCUCUAAGAUUGUAGGAGACCUGGCUCAGUUCAUGGUCCAGAACAACCUGACGAGAGAGGAAGUGGAGGAAAAAGCUGAUGAGCUGUCCUUCCCUCUGUCUGUGGUGGAGUUUCUACAAGGACACAUUGGGAUACCGCACGGAGGCUUCCCCGAACCAUUCAGGACCAGGGUUCUAAAAUCCCUCCCCCGUAUCGAGGGCCGUCCUGGUGCCACCCUGCCUCCCCUGGACUUCGAUGCCCUGGAGGCCGGGCUUCGCACGUUGCACACACAUGACAUCACACAGGAGGAUGUGAUGUCAGCGGCCAUGUAUCCCAAGGUGUUCCAGGAGUACAAGGAGUUCACAGGUAGCUUCGGUCCCGUCGACUGCCUCAGCACACGACUCUUCUUGGACGGGCCCAAGAUAGCAGAGGAGUUUCAGGUGGAGAUAGAGAGAGGGAAGACGUUACACAUCAAGGCCCUAGCGGUGGGAGACUUGAAUAAGACAGGUCAGAGAGGAGUCUUCUUUGAGCUCAACGGUCAACUGCGGUCCGUCCUGGUCAAAGAUAAUGUGGCCAUGAAGGAGAUGAAGUUCCACCCUAAGGCUCUGAAGUCCGUCCGGGGUCAGGUGGGGGCACCCAUGCCCGGAAAGGUCAUCGAGGUCAAAGUUGAGCCCGGUCAGAAGGUGGAGAAGGGUCAGCCGCUUUGUGUUCUGUCAGCUAUGAAGAUGGAGACUGUGGUCAACUCUCCACUGACUGGGGUUGUCACGGUGAUUCAUGUGAACACUGACACUAGUUUGGAAGGAGAUGAUUUGAUAUUGGAAAUCACUGCAGAGGAGUAGAGAGAUGGAGUAGAGAGAUGGAGUAGAGAGAUGGAGUAGAGAGAGGGAGAGAGGGAGGGAGUAGAGAGAGGGAGGGAGUAGAGAGAUGGAGUAGAGGGAGGGAGUAGAGAGAUGGAGUAGAGAGAGGGAGUAGAGAGAGGGAGAGAGGGAGGGAGUAGAGAGAGGGAGGGAGUAGAGAGAUGGAGUAGAGAGAUGGAGUAGAGGGAGGGAGUAGAGAGAUGGAGUAGAGAGA